AAGCUAGACCUUAUCACCUGCAGGCAUCGGGCAUCGGAUCCAUGUUUUCAGAAAGACAGGAAUUGCUCAAAAUGUCAGCUAUCACUUUGCUGUUGGUUCUCUCCCUGGCAGCCCUGGGGUCUGCUGUCACCCCCGGGGUGACUACAUUUACCCUCGAGUACGAGAAGACAGAGGACGGCUGUAUGGUAGAUAGAGUUCCGAGAGAGGAGGAUGAAACCUUCACCGUCACAGGAUCCGGCCCCUGCAUCACCUACAAGUGCCAAAAAAGAAAGGUCCGCCUGGUGACAGGAUCCUCAUCAUGCCAAGAUGGCGACACCUGCAACUCUGGAGAGUUCACUUCCGGCUGUAACACGUACACCUGUGCUGUAGCCGGUCAGACGAAGAGGAAUGAUCAACAGGUUAUCGUCACACAGACUGUCGCACUUGUUGGAACAGAGCAAUGCUACGUGCGUGGAGGCUGCUACUCUCUCGACACUGAAAUACCGACGUCUGCAGGGACGUGUGUGUGUGCCAGCUCCACCGACAUCACAUGUGAACCCAACUUGCUGGUCGACCCUUCGGUUUAUGGCCAACUAGGUUAACGAGGAGGGUGACCUUUUGACUGCUAGCUUCUCGGUGGUUGACCCUUGCGCUCACGACCCUCACUGCUCUCGAUGAAGUGGUCACUAUAGUUCUCAACACACCUGAGAAGAAUCUGCUGUACCUGAAAUAAAGAUAAC